AUGGCAGGGAGCAUUCUUACUGAGCCAAAGUCAACCCCUAGUGGGUUUAUCAUCGUGUUUAUUGGCCGCAGCAGCGCAGCACCUGGUGAACAGGUGAAGCGAGAAUGGUUGCUCGAGACUCUUCACUGGGUAGAGCAAAUGCAUCUGGAGGAAUAUGGCAGUCUGGACAGUCGUUCUGUGGACUUUAUUCCUUUCAUCCAAGGGAAGCGCGUGCAAAUGCUGGCUGCAACGUGUUUUGUGAUAUCUGGCUGGGACGGGCUAACUACGAGUGAUCUGACCCUAGGAUUCCUUGGUCAAAAGGCCGAGGGAGUCGAUGUCGCCCUUCGAUUUUGUGUCGAAGAAAACGAUGAUGGAUCUCGUCGUUUCCAUGAUGUUAAACUCCGGGAUGCAUACCGAGUGUGGAGUGAUGAGAGCAAAUCUCAAUGGCUUCAAUGUUCCUUUUGUGAAGCAGAGUUUUCUAAACCUUGGAGUCGACACCGACAUGUCAAGGUUAGCUGCCUUCAGAACCCCGACAGCGAAAAGAACAAACCGGCAACCAAGCCUCGGAAGAAGCGAGGAACGAUGGUGCGAGUGGCAGGCGUCAAAGACCAACCCACUGGAUCAGAUAAUGGGUUGACGCCUUAUAUGAGUAUUGACCCUGCAGAUUACCACAAGGCGCCUCGUAUCGACCCCGAAAAUCCCAUGAUCUACCGAGGUGAACUUUUUUGCCGGCAUCCAGAUUGCUCUUCAAAGAAGGUUACUCGGUAUACCCAGAAGAGUAUCGUCCGCAAGCAUUACUGGAAGGACCACGGUAUGGAAUAUCGACAGUUUAGCAAGACACUUGGGGCUUUUGAGGAGAAGCCCCAUGUCGAUGGCCUGCAAUAG